CAAAAUUUAGUGGCGGCUAGUUUGCCUCCGAAGGCCAUCGUUUCCUUGAAAAUGUCAUUUCUUAAAAACUGUCGUGUCUUGCUCAAGAGUGGAAAUGCGGAUAUAGGAGAACAGCCACAACAGUAUAACGUUAUUUUGGAGAAUCGGUUUAUGAAAGGUGCUUUAUUAUUUGAUUCGGGCACUAUCGCAUAUAUCAGUCCUUAUGAGUUUGACGUUCGAAAGUAUCAAUAUACAAAGGCUGUUGACGCUUAUGCAUGUCUUGGCGUAUUGGUCCCUUUGAUCUCACCUACAUCGGAUUCGAGCAUUCUUACGCUACAGUCUUAUCUUGUUUUGGCUACUGGGUGUAGUUCUGUGGGGAAGCUGCCAUCGUUUGAAGUUUUUCGCAUCACCAACGUGCAGUUUGUCAAUUUAAAAUAUCAGGGGGUUGAAGAAGACAUAUUCUCCGAUCUGCGAAAAUUACUGUCAUCAGGAAUGUUUUAUUUUGCUCGAUCCAAUAUUGAUGGAAAACCAUAUGAUUUAACUGUUAACAUUCAGAAUCGAAGUCGUCUGGGUGAUGAAAUUCUUACUGCCAGUGAUAUGUAUGCUCGAGGUGAUGCUGGACUGAAUUUUUUAUGGAAUAAAGGGUUAAUGGGACCGUUAAUACGAGCCGGAAUUAAUCCUAGUGAUUGGUUGGUAUCCAUAAUAUGCGGUGGGUUUGAGGUUUGUACAGUUUAUUGCGGUGUUGGUCAAGCUCGAGUCGGUGUUAUAUCACGAGUGUCAGCUCAGAGACCUGGUACUCGUUUUCAUGUACGUGGUAUAAAUGAUUGUGGAGAUGUAGCCAAUUUUGUUGAAACAGAACAGUUUAUCUAUAUGGGCGAUUCAGUAAGUAGUUAUAUUCAAGUUCGUGGUACAGUUCCAUUAUUUUGGGAGCAACCAGGUUUACAAGUUGGUUCACAUAAAAUUUCACUUAGUCGACCGUUAGAAAUAUCAAUGAGUGCAUUUGAACGUCAUUUUAUGAAUUUAAUAUCACAAUAUGGAUCCGUUGGUGUUGUGAAUUUAUUAGGUUGUAAACAAGGUGAAGCAAUGCUUAGUAAAGCCUACCAAGAACAACAUGGAAGAUCAUCUUUUCGAGAUAGUAUCCACCAUAUUAUAUUUGAUUAUCAUUCGGAAUUACAAUCAAAAGGUGCAAAAAGUUUAGAAUGGAUCAAUCAACAGAUCAGUCGAUUAGUUAAUGAUUGGGGAUAUUUCUAUGCAAAUGGUCAACAAGUUGAAUUAUGUCAAACUGGAGUGCUUAGAAUUAAUUGUGUCGAUUGUUUAGAUCGAACAAAUGCCAUUGAAACACUUGUCGGUGUUCAAAUAAUCCUUCCAAAAAUGUUAAUGAGUCUAGGUGUUAAAGAUCAACAAACUGUCAUUAAUCGUUUUGUUGAUGGACUAAAACAGGUGUGGCAACAAAAUGGUGAUCAUGUUAGUCGUAUAUACGCUGGGACUGGUGCUUUAGGUAGUGGUCGGUCAAAACUACGUGAUGCUCAACGUACAGCUGUUCGAACAAUUCAGCAUAGUUUUUUUGAUGGUGCAAAACAAGAAGCCAUGCACAUGUUAUUAUCCAAUUCUAGUUUACAAGGAUGGAUGAAACUUGUUGGAGAGCAAUAUCUACCUAAACGAUUACUUCACUUAACACCUACACUAUUGACUAAUAUUCUACAUCGAUAUACAGAAUUUGUUCAAAUUCAUAAUCUACGCCUAUUUGUUGGCACAUGGAAUGUAAACGGUGGUAAACAUUUUCGUAGUGUUGCCCAUAAACAUGAAUGUGUUACUGAUUGGUUGCUUGAUUUAGCCCAAACUGUCAAUCAAAAAGUUAAUUGGGGUUAUAAAAGUCCUGAUAUUACUGAUUCAGAUGAAUUAAAUAAACCAUUGGAUGUAUUUGCUGUUGGUUUUGAAGAAAUUGUUGAUUUGACUACGUCAAAUAUUGUCGCCGGAUCCAAACCAUCUGCUAAUCACCGUGAUUGGGGUCUAUUUUUACAGCGUCAUUUAAAUCGUGAUGUUGAUGAACAAGAUUCAUACCUACUGAUCACAUCAGUUCAAUUAGUGGGUGUAUGUUUAUUUUUAUUUGUUCGUAAACGUCUUGCUGGUUUGCUUAGAAAUAUUGCUACUUCGUCGGUUAAAACUGGACUGGGUGGAACUGCAGGAAAUAAAGGUGCUGUAGCAAUACGAUUUCAAUUGGGUGCAACUUCAAUAUGUUUUGUUUGUAGUCAUUUUACAGCUGGUCAAUCAGCUGUACGUGAACGUAAUGAUGAUUUUCAAGAGAUAUGUCGUCGUCUUAGUUUACCGAACGGUCGUAAUAUACUCAGUCAUGAUUAUGUAUUUUGGUGUGGAGAUUUUAAUUAUCGUAUCAAUUUAUCCGGAAAUGAAGUGAAACGAUUAACUGCACAAUCUGCUUGGCUUGAUCUUUUACGUUCUGAUCAAUUGACAAUUGAAAGAUUAGCUGGUAAUGUUUUUCGUGGUUUUGAUGAAGGUCCUAUUCGAUUUGCACCAACAUACAAAUAUGAUUUAUUUUGUGAUGAUUAUGAUACUUCGGAGAAAGCACGUUCACCUGCUUGGACUGAUCGUAUAUUAUGGCGUCGUGUGAAAUUAACAUUUCCUAAAACGGAUGAAGAUGGUAUUUUUUGUAUGCAAAAUAAUUCUCCAGAUGUAAGAUGGAAUCCUGGUCGUUUAUUAUUAUAUAAUCGAGCUGAGUUGAAAACAAGUGAUCAUCGACCUGUUGGAGCAAUAUUCAACAUUGACGUGAAUGUGGUUUCACCACAAUCACGACGUAAAGUUAUCUUAGAUGUUAUUGAAGAUUAUGGUCCAAUCAAUGCAACUGUUCAAGUUUGUCUGAAAAUUGUAGAAAGUAAUUCAAAACAAUCAUUAUUUGAAGAUAUUAAACCAAACUUAUUCAAUGAUACAGACUUCAUAGAAAAUUUGAAAUUGAUUGCAUCAUCAAGACAUGGGACAAUUUUACUUUUACAUUUCUUAGAUCCACUUACUAUCCUAUUGGUUUAUGCUAAUUCUAAACAAGCAUCUAUAGCUGCUUCAUUUUUAAAUAAUUAUGUUAUACCAUGGGAUGGUUCAUCAAAUGGUUUACCUAGUAUUAUUGAGGGUUAUGAAAUUCAUUUAUCUACUUCAUUAUAUAAUUCUACGAAUUGGUUAGAUCGAAUGCAAAGAUUAGUUGAAAUUUCUGAACGUGAAGAUUCUAAUAUACAAGGUUGUCGUAUACCAGUGGAAAUUUUCACUGCAUUACCUUUAAUAAAGAAAUUAGAUAAACAAAGACCUAGUAAAUUUUAUGACAAUAAUGAACAAACAUUGAAUAGUGAUGAUAAUGAAGAUGUUGAAAAUGAUACAACUAAUAAUUAUGGUAUCAAUCGAACUGUUGAACAAUCACAACCAGCUCCUAAUCGUCCACCACCACCUCGAAGACCAGCACCACCUGCACCUAAACAAGUAACAAAUAGUACAAGUUAUAAAAAUAACUACUAUGAUGACUAUUCAACUAAUAAUAAUUUGAUUGAUGAUAAAGUUGAUUCAAAAUUAAAGAUGUCCUCCAAAUCAUUUUCACAAACCAAUUCACCUGUUCAUCAUGAAUUCUCAUCAAAAUUAAAUCCUAUCAUAUCAUCAAAUGAUUUAUUUAUACCACCAUAUGGUGGUGGUGGUGGUGAUGGAAUUCAUAUGGUUAGCAGUUGUGUAGAUCUUAAUUUUCGAGAUAAUUCCACUGAUAAUAAUAAUGAUGAUGAAAAUCGUAUCUCAUCAACAGUUGAUCUAAUUGGACUUGAAUUUGACAAGAAGAAUUCCAUUACCAUUGAUGAUAAGACAUCAUUGUCUACUCAUUUGAUUGAUGAUUCAGUGAUUGGUGGUCCACCUCCUCCACUACCUCAAAGAUUAAACAAUAUGAACGCAUCUCAUUUACAACAACAAUAUUUAUCAACGGAUGAUCCCUUUACUCUUGUGUGUCCUUCACAGGAUGAUUCAUCUACAACCAUGAACCAUGGCAACGAUGCUGCACUUAUAACUCUUGAUCCCGUUUCUCCGACAAGAGCCGCCCCACAGACGCCUUCAAGACAAAUACCCCCUCCAUUACCACCUCGCCCAAAAGCCGAAGCAGAAUAGUUUCUGAAACUGGACACGAAAAUCGGUUAAUUUGGUGAUUAACUUUUGACUUAUUUAUCAGCAUUUAACUUUGAGUUGUGAAUCACUUUAUCAUUACUAUCAUUCCUAUAUUUUAUAUUUAUAAUUUAAGCUCAUUCGAUGCUAGAAUCAACUGUUUACUUAUAAUUAUUCUAUUAAAGUGGUAUGCUUUUACCACGAAAUGAGUUGUAAGAAUAAACACAUGGUUAUAUCAUGAAUAAAUACAUUUA